UGGCGCCCUCUGGUGCCCCUCUAAAUGAUUGAUUCCUGCUUUUUGGCCAUGGAAAUGCCACGGUGGCUUUAGCUGGCAAGUGUAUGCGUGUGGAUGUUUACUGAAAUAAACACGUGUCAAAACACUUUUCAGCGCCUAGUUGGUGUACUGUUACUGGGUUUUGUUUAGGGUUUUUUUUCGCGUAAAGGUCGCUUUAUGAAAGCUACAAUCUGGAUCGCGGCGGCGGAAACAGAAAGAAGAAGAUAGAGGAAUUCUCUCGGUCUUCUCGCGAAAAACUCGUCCAGUCCAAGAACAAGAUGUUCUCCAAAUUCACCUCGAUUCUGCAACACGCGGUGGAAGCGCUUGCGCCGUCACUGCCCUUGCAGGAAGACUUUGUCUACCACUGGAAGGCCAUCACACAUUACUAUAUAGAGACUUCAGAUGAUAAAGCCCCAGUAACAGACACUAACAUCCCAUCCCACCUGGAGCAGAUGCUGGACAUCCUGACCCAGGAGGAGGGAGAGAGGGAGUCUGGCGAAACGGGGCCGUGCAUGGAGUACCUGCUCCAUCACAAGAUCCUGGAGACGCUCUACACCCUGGGCAAGGCUGACUGUCCACCUGGUAUGAAGCAGCAGGUUCUGAGCUUCUACACCAAACUACUGGGCCGGAUUCGCCAGCCACUCCUGCCUCACAUCAACGUGCACAGACCUGUCCAGAAACUGAUCCGUCUAUGUGGCGAGGUUCUGGCUGCUCCUACAGAGAACGAAGAGAUCCAGUUUCUCUGCAUCGUCUGUGCCAAACUCAAACAGGACCCCUACCUUAUUGACUUCUUCUUGGAGAAUAAGGGAAAACGAGUAGACGACAAAGUACCAGGAGCCGACGAGCAAAAGGAGGAUCCUUCGUCUCCAGAUACGGGUCAGCAGCAGAGCGACGGAGUCGCGUGUGACAACAGCAGCCCUGCACACGGCGCUGCAGCUGCGCUACACACCAACAACAGCAGCAACAGCUACAAUCUGGUCAGCUCUCUGCUCAACCUGUCCAAGAGCCCGGAUGCCCGUGUGGUGGUGAAGGCGUGCGAGGGUCUGAUGCUUCUGGUCAGUUUGCCCGAGCCUGCGGCGGCAAAGACGUUAACAGAAAGCACGGAGCUGUGUGAGCUGCUCACGGCUCGUCUCACUUCAAUCUAUCAGGCGCUGCCUCAGUCCAUGGAUCCGCUCGAUAUCGAGACCGUCGAGUCCGUCAACUGGGGGCUGGACGUGUACAACUUGAAGGAAGAUGCUGCUGCCUUUACAGGGAAGCGAGCACUCAUUUCCUUCCUCUCCUGGCUGGAUUACUGCGAUCAGCUGAUCAAAGAGGCGCAGAAGACCGCGGCUGUAGCCUUAGCUCGGGCGGUGAGGGAGCGCUUCUUUGUACCCGUGAUGGAGCCACAGCUCAUGCAAACGUCAGAGGUGGGCAUCUUGACCUCCACAGCACUGUUGAAUAGGAUCAUCAGGCAGGUCACGUCGGACGUCUUGCUGCAAGAGACCGUCCACUUCCUGUUGGGAGAAGAAAUGGGUCCCGAGACGCCGGACAGCAUUACCCAGAAUCCCCUGAGGCACAGACUUAUCGGCCACUGCGACCAUCUUUCAGACGAGAUCAGUAUCAUGACCCUGCGGCUGUUCGAGCAGCUGCUGCAGAAGCCGUGCCAGCACGUCCUGCACAACCUGGUGCUGCGCAGCAUCGACGAGCGCAACUACAUCGAAAACAAGACCCAAGAGGAGCGCGAGGAGCGCGAGCACAUGGAGAACGGGCAGCCUCACGACACAGUUGAUUUGGAAGAAGACCCUCUGUUCUCCGACAUGUCUCCGGACACCAGGCUGUCCAGUCCCGAUUGGCUGAGCUGCUCACCGCCACCUAGCACAGAACACACCAAGCCUGAUGGGAAAACCGAGGUCCACAAAAUUGUAAACAGUUUCUUAUGCUUAGUCCCGGACGAAGCGAAAUCGUCUUAUCAAGUCGAAGGCACCGGUUACGACACUUACCUAAGGGAUGCGCACAGACAGUUCCGAGACUUCUGUGGCAUCUGCCAGAGGUGGGACUGGCGCAGCAUCCCUAAACCUAUCGAGAAGUGUAACCUGGACAUCCCCUUCUUCGAGGGACACUUCCUUAAAGUGCUCUUUGACAGAAUGGGACGAAUCCUAGACCAGCCAUAUGACGUCAACCUGCAGGUCACAUCAGUGUUAUCCAAGCUGUCUUUGCUGCCCCAUCCUCACUUGCAUGAGUAUUUGCUGGACCCCUACAUCAGCCUGGCACCUGGCUGCAGAUCCCUCUUCUCCGUCAUUGUCAGGGUGGUGGGAGACUUGAUGUUGAGGAUCCACCGUAUUCCAGAUUUCAACCCUAAACUGCUGCUAGUGAGGAAGAGGCUGCUCGGGAUGGAGCCGGAGGGGUCGAGUAUUGAUCACGUGACAUUGCUGGAAGGAGUCAUCGUCCUGGAGGAGUUCUGUAAGGAGCUGGCGGCCAUCGCGUUCGUCAAGUUCCACGCUACCGCGUCUUCAUCUCCAUGAGCUCCUACCCGCCGUGCCGUGGUGGACACAAGCAUCAUUGGCACAGAUCAGACUCGGCACAGAGUGGGCAACUGGCACAGGAACCACCACCUGAAUCCCAUUCAUCCUUCAGAUCAGGCUCCUGCCUGUAAAGAUCCAAAGGGUCGACACUCAUCCAUCUGAGAACACGCAGGAGAGAUCAGGAUGGAGGAAAAAGCCCACAGGUCAAACUUGCACACGUGUGAUAGUGAAAGGUGAUCAUAGUAGCACUCACGAUGCAUAUCCUUGUGCUUUAUCCUGUUUCCGAUUCAUCCAAAUCAUCUUUUUUUUUUGGUUUGCCAUUUAAUCUUCGUUUUUUAAAUUCGCCUUUUAUUGUUCUUCUGGCCUGUAAUUUUUUUUUAAUAUUUCUUUUUGCACAUGAACCUGCUGACUUUCGGAUUUUCAGGCUUAUUUAUUCUUGUCUAAAAAAAAAAAUUAAAUUCCGAAUUGUCGAUUAGAGAUACUAAUUGAGAAAAAAAAAACGCUCUUAAAGACCAUCUAACGUGAAAAAAAAUAGAAUUUUACUAAUCCGUUGUUACGGUAACAGAUACUGUGUUCCUAUUAUUUUCUUUUGGGGAAAACGAUACCAAAUGAUGGACUAUGUAUCCAACAACGCAUAUGCAACCUAACUCAUUAUCUGUAAUGUUGAUACUUUUAAUAACUCAGGAUCAGAAAUCGAACUGUGCUUAAAAAAACGACGACGACGAAAUAGAACGAGCAGAAUGAGCUGCUUUUAAUCCUGUUUGUUUUCUCAGUCCUGAUCCCUCUUUCCAUCUGUAAAAAAAAAAAAAAAAAAAGAUAUAACGUGGACACCGAAUGUUUAAGACGGACUGCGCACGUUUGCACACGAGAAAAUCGGACUUCACUGGAGCAUCCGCGGAGAACUGUGCGUCACGUUCACGACAGCGCUCGAGAACCUUCCAGGAUUUUAUUUUAUUUUUUUAAUGGUUUAACUUCUUCAUUGCCUUACAUGUGUGUGUUUAAUUUAUGUCCCGUGUAAGCGUGCGCCUUGUACUCCGCUAGGAUUUAGCCGUCACCCUUCCACAUUUUAGUUAUUUAUUAUAGGUAUGAACUUUCUGGGGCUUUCUAAAUUUUAGAGGCUCUUUUUAUGUCUUCAGUAUUAUUACAGAACAUCCGCCAUCUUUUUCUUUUUCUUCUCCAUCGUCUAUAUUUUAAAACAUGCACCAGCAAUAGUGUUGUCCAGUAGAUUUUUUUUUUUUUUCCUGUGAGACACACAAACUUUACAAGGUUUGCACCUCUGAAAUCGUCCAUUUACUGUACAGGCGAGGUUGUGAAGCAGUUCUGUUAUUCGGAGGAUUGUGCUGAAUUAUUAUUAUUAUUAUUAUUUUUUAAUUAAUGUAGGCAUGUGUCGAUAAUCAGUUUUUCAAUAACUCAGCGUUAUGUAACAUAACAGGACGUGCUGUUUAUUAUUAGACGAAUUAUCACUCAAUAUCAGCAUGUCCUGAAGUGUUUAAUCCUCUAGCACAGUAAGGAGAUGAUUUAAUAGAUUAAACGUUACGACGUAUAGCGAAGGCUAAAUCCGGGCAACUUUUAUUUUGGCGGUUAUUGUGAAAUGAUUAGCAUCACAUGCCUGUAGAAACCCUUUUGUUUCGAUCUUUUCUUCCCAUUUAACUCGUUCAUCUUCUCCCCUGCAAAUCGGUCCAAUUAAUCAAACUUGCAGUCGGUGUAUAAUUAAAUCGCACAUUCACGCUUGACGACGUUGUCCUAUUUAAAUUGUACAUAUACAAUGCUUUUACUCAUACAAGGCUUUUUAGCAUUGUUUUCAUUUUCUUUCCUUUGUUACCAAAGGGUCCUGUCGUGUACAAGUGCUUAUUGUAAAGAUCUUUCAUUUUCUCGACCUUGCACAUUUUCUACCAUGAAACGUCACAAGAGGUUUUGUCUAAGAUUGUAUAUAUGUGUACAGUGAUGUGAAAUGCAUGCAAACUCUCUCGGGGGGGUGGGCGGGUGAAAUCCCAUGUCUUUUUUUUUUUCUUUUUUUUUUUUUUCUUCUUCUUUCUGUCAUUUUUAGCGGAUAAGAAGGAAAGAAGAUAUUCACUGGUCUUGGAUCAGUGCGGAUCACUAGGCACCUCGUGACCAGGAAUUCAGAUGCAAUUACAAUAAGACUUUACAAAAUUUUAAACUUUAAAGGCCCAAUUAACCAGCAUAAAACUCCAGGCUUAAUAUAUUUAUUAUUAUAUUAAAGAUGUGAGAAGUUUGAUUUGACCAAAAUACUGAACCUUAAACAGCUGUCCUUGUGCUCCGUGCCAAAUAGAAAAUGCAACCCUGAAAUAUUUCCUAGCGUUAAAUGUAACAUGGGGGGCACGGUGGCUUAGUGGGUAGCACGUUUGCCUCACACCUCCAGGGUUGGGGGUUCGAUUCCCGCCUCCGCCUUGUGUGUGUGGAGUUUGCAUGUUCUCCCCGUGCCUCGGGGGUUUCCUCCGGAUACUCCGGUUUCCUCCCCCGGUCCAAAGACAUGCAUGGUAGGUUGAUUGGCAUCUCUGGAAAAUUGUCCGUAGUGUGUGAGUGAAUGAGAGUGUGUGUGCCCUGCGAUGGGUUGGCACUCCGUCCAGGAUGUAUCCUGCCUCGAUACCCCAUGACGCCUGAGAUAGGCACAGGCUCCCCGUGACCCGAGAAGUCCGGAUAAGCGGUAGAAAAUGAAUGAAUGAAAAAAUAUAACAUCACAUGCCUGGAUGUGACUAAUGCCUUACUUGGGUGUAGGGAAGGAUGGCAUUUGUGCCCUUUCUUGGGGGUUUGAGUCUUAAUUAACGUGCUUUCAUUUUACUGGUGAUGUUUUGUGAGUAGUCGAAGUAGAAAGCCACCAAACACCAAAUUUUAUACACGUAAGUACACGCUUUCACCUGGUUCAUUCACUCAGACCAGCCACUGUUCUGCUUGACGGAUUUGGUGGCAGCUUUUGUGGAAAUCUAGCUCGCGACAUUGCAUCAGAUUGACACGUGAUGUCAAAAAAAAAAAGUCACUGCCACGAUGCAGCAACGAGCUGUUGUUCAGAUCAUCGGAUCAUAGCGUCGCAUGCUCACAAUCCAUUAAAGUAUAAAGUAAAGACCAUUAAAGUAGAGAUGAGCUUGUAUUAGAAGGGAGUUGCACUCUUACAGCCCCUGCUGACACACUAUACGCUGAACAUUUGUGAUUCAGCCUCAAACGUCUUGUCUUGUCGCACCUUGCAUCAAUUUUGUAUCUUUACAAAAAAAUAUAGGUUUCUUAUAUGCUUUCCGUCCCAAUUAAAAUACUCAUUUUCUUC